UAGGCUGGAGACGCAAUGAGAUUAAAUCAGAUCUUCAACAAAAUGAGUUUCAUUGCAGUUUUUGGAUUCAUCGUAGCUUGCACUGCUGGCGCCUUGGCUCGGCUAGACUGCAGUUUUCCUUGCACGGCUGACUAUCGACCAGUGUGCGGGAGUGAUCUCAAAACAUACCCCAACGAAUGCGCGAUGAGAUGGGCGGCCUGUAAACAAGGACAGGCCAUCAUAGCUGUAUACCGACAAGCAUGCAAGGAGCAACCAAACGAGUGCAGUUUUGGAUGCACACGGGAGUACUUACCCGUCUGUGGAAGUGAUGGGAACAAAUACUCGAACGAAUGCACCCUAAGAAUGAACGCCUGCACAUCUAGAACGGCCAUCAGCGUAGUCAGCAGAUUUGCUUUUGAGCACACUGAUUGCGAAAGUGAAUCUGCUUGCAACCUCGCCUGCACAUUCAACUACAGUCCUGUGUGUGGCUCGGACGGCCAAACCCACAGCAACGAAUGCGUAAUGGCCAUGAAUGCUUGCAGGGCCAAAACGGCGAUUGUCAGACUGUAUGAAGGGGAAUGCAAACACGUCGAUGAUUGUGAAUUUGAUAAUGUUGGACCCCCGUAUGUGAAAAGUACAAGUGGCCCCGCUGGGAUCGGUUACAAGAUGAGUCUGUACGCUUCCAUAUGUUUGGCGAUGGCUCUUUCGGCAUCAGUUUAUGCUCUCGACUGCGAUACAAUUUGUAAACCAAAUGCCCUCGAAAUGAAUUUUCGCGUGUGUGGAAGUGAUGGCAAAACUUACGCCUCUGAGUGUGACCUAAAGAAAGCUGUUUGCAAAUCUCGACAAACGGUUUCAAUUGUAUCUCCUGGAGCUUGUAAAGGCAAAGGGUGGGAAGCCUGUAAAACUAACAUCUUUUGUGGUACAAUAAAGGCUGGAAUAUGCGCCAGUGAUGGAAAGCCGUAUUACAACGAAUGUGCCAUGAGAAGGCAUGCCUGUAAGGAGGGAAAAGCAAAAGUUGCAGUUCAUGAAAGUAGCAGCAUGACAUGCUCAAAAUCAAGCUGUCCAACAUGUGCAACGGAAGACAGCCCUGUUUGUGGAAGUGACCAUAAGACGUAUAGUUCGAUAUGCAAGCUACGAGCUACUGCCUGUCAGCAGGCAAAAGCAAUAAUUGUUCUGAAAAAAGGUCCUUGCGAUGAUAAGGAUCGAGAAGGUAACACUGACAGCGAAGAAUUCAAUUUGGAUGAAGCAGAUGAAGCUGAGGAGGAGUUGUUUUACUAGAACGGAUAUUGAGCACCUCACAAAACGACUCUCCAUUUUUAUAUCACCUUAACUUUAAUAUUUAAGCCAUGAUGCAUAUUUUGAUACAAGUUAUCUUUGAUUAAGCGUCUGAAGAGCUGACAUUGGA